AUGGCCCCCAAGAACUGGACCAAGGAGCAUUUCACGCUCAACACUGGCGCAAAGAUUCCAGCUAUUGGUCUGGGAACAUGGCAGUCGCAACCUGGUGAAGUCCGUGAUGCUGUCAAGUCUGCUCUCCAGGCCGGCUACCGUCACAUCGACACUGCUCUUGCCUACGGCAACGAGAAGGAGGUCGGUCAGGGCAUUAAGGAUUCGGGUGUUCCUCGUGAGGAGAUCUGGGUCACCACGAAGCUGGACAACCCAUGGCACAAGCGCGUCGAAGAGGGCAUUACCUCUUCGCUGAAGAGCCUGGGUCUUGACUACGUUGACCUUUACCUUAUGCACUGGCCUUCUUCUACCGACCCUGAUGACCUCAAGAAGCACCUCUCGGAUUGGGAUUUCCUCGACACAUGGGCUGAGCUGCAGAAGCUCCCCGAGUCUGGACGCGUCAAGAACAUUGGCGUUAGCAACUUUGCCAUCAAGAACCUUGACAAGCUCCUCGCCGACUCUCGAUUGAAGAUCACACCAGCCGUGAACCAGGUCGAACUCCACCCCAACAACCCUUCGCCCAAGCUCCUCGACUACCUCAAGAAGAAGGGCAUUCACGCCACCGCCUACUCUUGCCUGGGUUCAACUGACUCGCCCCUUUACAAGAACGAGUCCCUCAAGAAGCUCGCAGACAGCAAGGGCAAGACUGUUCAACAGGUUCUGCUUAUGUGGGGUCUGCAGCGUGGCUCCUCCGUCAUCCCCAAGUCUGUCUCUGCGUCGCGCAUCCAGGCCAACUUUGAGGUUGACGGUUGGGAGUUGACUGACGAAGAGGUGAAGCAAAUUGACUCACUGCCUGAACGCUUCAAGGUCUGUGGUGACUCUUGGCUCCCAAUCAAGGUCUUCUUCGGCGAUGACGAGUAG